AUGGACUUGAAGCUGAACAAGAAAAAUCUGCAAAUGAAGAUGACUCAAGUCAAGUACAUAGGUCAUAUCAGGAAGGCCUUGGAUCACAAACCCGCAUACACUUCUUCUGAGGUAUGGGUCGCUAUUUAUGUUUCCAGUCCAAAGAGAAAAGAGGCAUUGCCAGACAUGGUUAUUGGGAAUGAGACGAAUGACACUUUGGUGCGCCACAUGGAAUCCAGAAAGAAUUGCUUCCUCCCUCUCAACGACAGCCUGGCAGCCCCUGUGUUCAACUGCUCUUUGCAUCUGCCAACACUGACCAUCUCAGGUGUCAUUAGAGUGGCCAUCACCUUCUUCCUCUUGAUCUUCUCCAUUGCUGGGAACACAAUUUUCCUGGUGAAGCUGUCCAAGCAGCAUCAGAAGAAGGAAUCACGGCUCAAGCUGCUGCUUGACAAUCUCAUAGUGGCCAACCUCCUGCAGACCCUGAUUGUUAUGCCAAUGGACGGCAUCUGGAACAUCACAGUGCAAUGGUACGGUGGUGAGUUCCUUUGUAAGGUUCUCAACUUUCUCAAACUCUUCUCUAUGUACUGCCCUGCCUUUAUGUUGGUGGUGAUCAGCGUGGAUCGCUGUCUGGCGAUUACAAAUCCCUUGAAAAGUGCAACAAAAUGUGUUCACACUGGAAAGUGCAUGAUCGCCACGGCUUGGUUCUUCAGUAUGGUUUUGGCUUUACCUCAGUUAUUCCUCUUCAAAAUGAUCCACUUCUCAGAACCGCUCUCCUUCUCACAAUGCGCAACCCUGGAAAGCUUUCAUGGUCAGCUGGACCAGAAAUUCUACAACCUCUUCACCUUUGGAUUCCUAUUUGUCAUGCCUCUACUCAUCAUGCUGAUCUGCAAUUCCAGAAUAAUCAUCAAGAUGACAAGUGCCCUGCACCCAAAAGAUAACCAGAUGGAGCUGAGCCGAUCAAGGAAUGUCCUGCCACAAGCUCGCAUGAAAACAAUAAAAUUGACAGCAGCAUUUGCCACUUCUUUCAUUGUCUGCUGGACUCCAUACUACUUUAUGGGAAUUUGGUACUGGUUUGACCCCGAUCUACACAAUAAGUUGCCCGACCCUAUCAAUCACUUCUUAUUUCUCUUUGGGCUGCUAAAUCCUUGCCUUGAUCCAUUUAUUUAUGGGUAUUUUUCCCUUUAG